AUGACGCAGCACGCAGCACGCACGUCGGAGCGCGCGGCGUGUUUCAGGCGGGAGAGAGCUGAGGCGAUGGCGGCCCCGGGGCCCACCUCGGCCUCGGCCUCGGGCUCGGAGGAGGCGGACAGCGGGGACUCGGAGGCCGAGCAGUUCGAGUGUCAGGGCCACUGCCCGGAGCUGUCGCGCCGCCAGAACGAGCAGCGGAAGCGGGGCCUGUUCUGUGACCUGACGCUGGCGGUGGGCGGCCGCGAGUUCCGCGCGCACCGCUCGGUCUUGGCCGCCGCCACCGAGUACUUCGAGCCGCUGUUGGGCGGCAACUUCGAGGAGUCGCGGUCGGAGCGGGUGGAGAUGCGCAAGUGGAGCGCCGAACCCGGGCCCGAGCCCGACACGGUGGAGGCCGUCAUCCAGUACAUGUACACCGGCGGCAUCCGCGUCUGCACCGGCACCGUACACGAGGUGCUCGAGCUGGCGGACAGGUUCCUCCUGCUGCAGCUGAAAGAAUUCUGCUGUGAGUUCCUCAAGAAAAAGCUUAAUUUGACCAACUGUGUGGCUGUCCAUAGCCUGGCACACAUGUACUCCCUCGACCAGUUGGCAUUGAAAGCUGCAGACAUGAUCCGUAGAGACUUCUCCAAGGUGGUACAAGAUGAUGAGUUUUACACUCUGCCUUACCACUUGGUCAGGGACUGGCUUUCGGAUGCAGAGAUCACGGUGGACUCUGAGGAGGUGCUGUUUGAGGCUGUGGUGAAGUGGGUGCAACGUAACCCUGAGGAGAGGGAGAAGCAUUUUGAAGAAUUGUUCAAGCUGCUGCGCUUGCCCCAGAUGAAACCCACUUACCUGACUCGGAUUAUCAAGUCCGAGCGGCUCGUGGCUGAAAACGAAAGCUGCCUGAAGCUUGUAUCUGAAGCUGUGGAGGGUCAUGCACUGAGGUCUGAGAACCUUCAGCCUGGUGGUAACCUAGAGCACUGGGCCUCCAGAGUGAUGUCAUUUCAACCCCGCUUCGGGCAGAACAUGGACGUCAUAAUGGUGGUUGGUGGAGUGUCUGAGGGGGGGGAUUACCUUAGCGAAUGCGUAGGAUAUUUCAUUGAUGAAGAUCGAUGGGUGAAUCUUCCCCACAUUCACAACCACCUAGAUGGACACGCUAUGGCAAUCACAGAGACCCAUGUGUACGUGGCUGGCUCCAUGGAACCUGGGUUUGCUAAGACCGUCGAGCGGUACAGCCCAAACCGCAACAGCUGGGAGCAAGUCAACAACCUGAUCACCAGGAAGCACUCCUUCGGCCUAUCGGCCGUGAAGCAGAACCUGUACAGUAUUGGUGGACAUGGGAAUUUCAGUCCGGGUUUUAAAGAUGUUGAUGUUUAUGAACCUGCGCAGGACAGGUGGCACCACUUGGAAUCGGCCCCAAAAAUCCUGAGAGACGUGAAAGCGGUCAGUGUGGAGGAUCGCUUUGUGUACGUCACCGCCCGCACCCCCGUGGACACCGAUAACGAGGACGGACUGGAGACUGUGAACGCUAAGUAUGACACCGACACAAGACAGUGGCAGGACGUGACCUCCCUGCCCCUGCUGGACAACUACUGUGCUUUUCAGAUGGCUAUUGCGAGCACAAACUUUUACCACACGGCUUCCUGCUGCCCCAAGAGCUACUCGCUGACGGACGAGGAAGCCAAGCAGAAGAUCUGCGCCAGGACGGCGGAUGAAAUCCUGGAAAGUUUACCGCCGGAGGUGCUGAGCAUCGAGGGAGCUGCCAUCUGCUACUUUCGAGAUGACGUCUUCAUCAUUGGCGGCUGGAAGAACAGCGAUGACAUUGACAAGCAGUACCGGAAGGAGGCGUACCGCUAUUGCUCUGAGCGGAAGCGCUGGAUGCUCCUCCCGCCCAUGCCUCAGCCACGUUGCCGGGCAACUGCCUGCCAUGCGCGGAUCCCUUACAGGUUCCUAUAUGGCUCUCAGAGGUAUCCUAUGCCCCAGAAUCUGGCCAGGCAGAGAGAACGGAUGCAGCAAAUGCAGCAGUUACAUCGACGGUCUCUGAGUCUAAGACGGCAACUCCAGCCACAAGUUGAGUGUUAAGCUCGAAUGUUUCGCCGAAGCAAUUUUCAGCCCCACCUCCAGCACUGUCAGAGCGAUGGUAAUCAGCAACCCUGUAAGCAAAAAUCACACCCAUCCGGCUGUGCUCAACAGGCUCCCAACUAAUGGGAGCAGGGAGUUGGGACAAGAAAUUGUCGAGGCUUUGUACGAGUUACCCGGUUUGUGCUGAUCGUGUAAUCUCUUGUCAUGGUGAGGCGGUGCCCAGCAGAAGGCCAAGUGUUUGCCCGAAGUCAUUCUGGCCCUGGAUACCUCCUGCAUUUCAGAGCAAUAUUGGAGGCGUGGGAACAAGGCUGUGGGUGGCACUUGCCUUGAGCAGUUUGGCUGGACCGUUUCGAUGAGAGCUGAAGCUGUCCUCUGGGUUGGUGCAAAGCUGGAUUCCCGCUUGUGUCCUGUGCUUACGUGGAGAGAUCAGCUCCUUCUCUUGUGUGUUCUGAUACGGUGGUUUUAAUCAGCAUGAUAAUCGUAUAUUCAGUGCAGUCGUUAGUCAUUUCUUGAGAGCAGAGCUUUUUAGUUCUUUGUAGGAGGUCUCAAAAUGUUUUUAGAUAUUUCAGUUUUUGAGGUUAUAAUUGCUUCACCACAAAACAACCGCAACAGAGAAACUAGUGUCUGCUUAUGUGCAAUGGGGUCCCCUGGGUGGGGCUGGGCUACUCAAUUACUUUAUUCCUCGUUCCCAAGUGCCUGGUGUCCACUCUUUGAUCUCCUCCCCUCACAGGGUGGGGGAUCACAGCCACAAUCCAAUGACCUAACCAUCUUUGCUAACAUUUCAUUAUGAAGAAAAAAAUUAAAUGAUUAUGGAAGUUGUGGUUGUAGUUUUCUCCAAUGCUGUGUGUAACCUUUGGGAGUUUGACAGAGGUGUUGGGUUGGCAGAUGUUGUUCAGGGUGGCUGAUUAUGUGCUCGGGUAGUAUAUUUUGUUUACCUCCUUUUUAGAGAAGAUAAGGUUGAUCUGGGCAGCAACUUAGCUGUUUGCUUGUAUUGAUAUGCAGUUUGUGACCUUUCUCCUUAAAGCGUUUGUGUCACUGGACAAAAAACGUAGAUCUUUUAACUAUUUUUCUGCUGAUCCUUUGCUGCAAAGAUAGUUUGUGUUUCCACUGUGAGUCCUGGUCAAACAGUGGCUCUAAUUUGGGUGUACAUUAAUUAGGCAGAAUUUACAAUAGCUCAUAGAUCAUCUACUACAUUCCUGGCCUUUUUGGUGUUGCUCAUUGAGCCUUUCUUUGGGUUCCCCCUGUGUUAAAUUUCACUUUUUUUUCGCUAUUCCAAGCAUUCCACUUUAUAACCUUUUCCAUUUUGCCUAAUGCAUAUUUCCACAUUGUUCUGUUUUUCCAAACACUGAAAUCCGAUUAAAUGUAUUAUUCGAGUGAGAUAAUUGAAACAAACUGAUAAUCGUGGCUCUACUGUACGUGAACCAUGAAGGAAUGUUUGGGGGGAAUGUGACAGGAAAUAACCAUCUCCCUGAUUCCAGCGGAUAAUUGGGGACUGUUGAGCUGGGGUGAGAAAGUCUGGUUCUGUUCAGAGUCAGGAGGCUGAGCUGCAUAUGGACUGCAAGGCCUGUCUGUCCAGACUACAUUGCUAUUCCCAGAGACGGUUUUGGUAAAUUCGGCUCUUAUUCAUUUUAGCGAGAGGCCAAAAUCUGCUUCCAAGCCCAGCUCAGCCUUUGCUGAAUGGGCUGCGGUUCUGAGCUACUGUCUGGUUCCUUGAGAAUACGACUCCAGUUAGUGAAGGUAAGUAACUGAUCAGAAAUCUUUUUAACUUCUCUGCGUUUUAUUUGCAUUUAGUUCUCUUUAACCGCCAGGUUGGCAACUUUGAUCAAUUAGAAUCAGGACUAGGGAUUCCCUGACUGCAGCUCAGGGGGUCAGCUCAGUGGUUGGACUCACCAUACUCUCAAGAACAGCUCAAGCCAAAUCAUGUGAAUUGGAGGAGUGUUUUGAAUGACUUGUAAGUUCUUAGAAAAAAACACGGCAAACAAGCUUGAAUGACUUUCAGUGUAACAGAACGCUCCGGGCAGAUUGCCCAGACGCUGGUUAUUGUGAAAAGAUUCCAGGCUGAUCAUUGUUUUGUUUUUGUAUGGGAAAUACACAGAAAACCUUAGAACUCAAUCUAUUCAAACUGCUGGAGGAUAGUUUGUUUCAUUUCCUGUUUGAUUUGUAAUAGCACCCACCAUUCUUAUUUUCCAACUGUAGCUGCACUGUGGCUGAGGCUUCAUAAUACACAAUGUGUGGAUCCAGUGCACACUCUGCUGUGGGUUUUAUUCUUAAUUUUGAGUGGGAGAAAGUGCAAUUCUCCAAUAUGCAAUCUGUGGAAAAGUAAUUAAACAGGUUUGGUAUGAAGAGCUGAGCGGCAAACUCCACAUAUAAUGAAACACUAUAUUCAGACAUUUCUCUUACUUUUUUUUACCUCAUUCUCUUCAUCCAAUAUAACAAUGGUGGAAACCAGGUUUUUGCACAAAGCACUUGUUUGUCUGUCUCCUGUUUUUACUGUACAUUGCAGCUGAUUGUGGUUUGUCUGGACAAAUUAUUAUCUGAGCUCAAGUUGACCCGUGUUUCAAAGAAUUGAGUGUGAUAUAAUGGGGCCCUUUCAUACAAACAUUUGAGCUCUGCACUCCCUUGAAAAGAAUACUUUUCUUACUCUAUAUGUUUCAAAAUACAUGUUGGUUGUUUAAAUACAGUAUUGUGUUUGUAACAUUCUGAUUUAUAAGUGUAUGUGAGUAUAUAUUGUACUGUUGAGUUCUGUGCCAUUCCCUUGUGCUGUGUAUAUAGGAACACUAAAGUAGGAUUAUUGCGAUUCCCAAAUGUAUUUUUCACUGUUAUGUUUUCAUUGUAAGACUUCUCAGAGAAGGGACAAUCUCUUAAAUUUAUGUCAUAGUCUUAAUCAGAAGUCAUUCUGUCUUCGGCUUGGAAGUGAUCUCUGUUUAAAUUCAUGUUUUGUGAUUGCGUUUGUAACAUGACAGCUCAUGUGUUGUGCGCGUGUGUUGUGUGUGUGGAAGGGAUGCCGUUGUGUGUUUGAUACGUGAUCCAUUCCCUCAGUGGCCUACUUUGUGGAGCUAGAGUCAGUGCCUCGAGAAGAUUUUUGUAUAGAAUUAUUUUGAUAUGAGUAAUUGGUGAUGUCCUGAUUUUAGUUUUGUAGGGUUGCUUUCAAUUGGGAUGGGGAGGGGAACCAUAAAGCCGUCCUUUAUUUUUAUUAGCGGUCUGUGUUCAGCUGUUUUUUUUAAAUGAAUGGUUUAAAUUAAGUGCUGCCCGUUGUGCUUCUGUAUGUGUCUAUAAUAAGAUGUAA